GCUGUGGUAGGAUUACAGUCGCUGCUCGGUUAUCUUUAAUCCCCCGUCCUGGCAGAAAUGAUUUCCUUUCAGUCGUGGGACGUUCUUCAGAAAGGUGGUCACCCCAGAGGACAGCCAUUCCUAACUCUGCUCUACCGCUGGGACAACAGCUACUACGGCAACAAAAUGCACGGAGAACUGCUCAAAAGUCGGGGCCCACCGCUAAUCACGGCGGCGGUGGUUCCCACAGACCCCGAAAAGGGUGAAAUGGAACCACUUCUGCAGCAAGAGGCUCGCUACUACCAGAACAUUCCAGAGGUCGCCAUAAACUUCAAGGUCCCGUGUCCAGCGCCUCCUCCACAGUCCGACCCCGAGAGAUGGCAGCCGACUCUGACCAAGGACAAGCAGAGGGUUGAAGGGGCGAACUGGUUCGGCAUCUUCCUCGCCUUCUUAUCCGGGGGCUUCUUCACGCUCAGUUCUGCGGGCGUGAAGGCGCUGAAGAACGUGGACCCCAUGGAACUGCUGGUCCUGAGGUCGCUGCUGCAGAUAGCUGCAAUGCUGCCCAUCGCGAUCAGCAAGGGGGAGAACAUCCUCGGUCCGAAAGGACAACGCGGACUUCUGCAGUUGCAGGGUAUCGUCGGAGGCUCGACCCUGGUGCUUCUUUUCUUCACGUUCCGCCGCCUCCCGCUAGGAGACGCCACUACCAUCAUCUUCAGCUCCCCAGUCUUCGUCCUGAUCAUGUCCUUCCUGUUCCUGCGGGAGCCCUGCGGCUUCUUCAGGACUCUGAUCGUGUGUCUCCUGCUGACGGGAGUCAUCCUCAUCUCGAAGCCGCCUUUCAUCUUCCAGACGUUCGCCCAGCACUACGACGUGUUCGGUUACCUGAGCGCCUUCGGAGCGACCUUCUGCAUGGCCCUCAACAUCGUCGUCAUGCGGAAAUGCAAAGACGUGCACUUCUCCGUCGUGGUGCUUCACCUGUCCGUGUGGUCCCUCGCCCUGUCCGCCGCUGUCCUGGUCUCCCAGCAUCAGCAACACGAGCUCCUGGCGACGAUCGCGGCGCCGCGUGGCCUGCAAGAGUGGGGUCUCGCGGUGCUGGUCAGCUUCCUGGGUCUGUCCGGACAGGUGCUCGUGGCCAAGGCCCUCGCUAAAGAGGGGGCCGGCAGAGUGGCUGUGACCCGCUCGCUGGACAUCGUCCUGGCCUUCCUCCUGCAAGUGUUCGUAUUCGCCGAGGUCCCCGACGUGCUGAGCGUCUCGGGGGCGCUGCUGGUUCUGGUCAGCGUGCUGGCGAUGGGCUUGGAGGAGCGUAUACUCUACUGGGCCAGCCUUGUGCCUUGACGUCCCGUACGAAAAUGGUUUAAAGAUUUAUCUUCGUCGGAUACAAUAAAGUCGCAUGUACUGGACGCAACACGAAUCUUUGAUUUAAUUCUCAAUCAAAACUUCUUCAUCUGCGAGGAACUUGGUUAUUUAUGUACACGCCACGAAAUCUAAGAGCCUAUGAUGAGAUCGGCGUGGGUGAAAUAAUAAAUGCAUACUGCCGAAACCUAUUGGAAAACACCCAUUUGGUAGACCAAGAAGGGGACUGAAGAUAAACGCAACGUGGAUCUUAUCGAAAACAGGCUCUCGAGGUGGGAGGUGGAUUAAACUGGCUCAAUUAGCGGUGUUGAAACUUAGGAUACUGCAACCGCGGUGUUAGUUAAUAGUCUGAGACGACAAACUAAGCCUCUCCUUUUGUGGUAAUUCAACACAAACACGCAGACUUCGCGUGUGACUUCGCCUUCUGUGGCAGCUGCAACCGCAUCCAGACCACGGCGUGGCUGCCAAGGGGCAGUCAACGCCUGCUUCAUCGUACGAAGUUCAGCCGGUUUAAACCCCUCCCCCAAAUUUCACUGAUAUCGAACUGUGUCGUGUUAGCAGUUUCAGAUAGCCUGCGGCCUCUUCCUUCCUGAUCCGUACCCAUUCAUCAUAGUCACGCUAAAUAAAGUCAGUGUUGCAAAGAAACCCAAAACAUUCCUGUGCAUUGGCCCUUCGUAGUUUUAAGAAACCGGAGUCAACUAUCAGCUUCGUAAUGUAAUCAAAUGAAUGGCUUUUUCUUGAGCAAAAUACAAUUCGAUACACAGAA